CUUCCGGCCAUGGCGGCGCCCAUGUGAGAGGCCGGAGCUGCCGCCCGUUCCCGACCCCCCCCACCCCCGGGCUCCCCGAAACCCCGCCCGGCCGACAUGUGGGCUCGCUGCCGCCCGCUGCUGCCCGUCCGGGCCCUCGCCGCCCGCCCGGCCCCCGCCCGCGGCCGCAAGUCGCGCACCGACCCGCCCGCCAAGUCCAAGGCCGAGCGCCGCCGGGUCCCCACGCCCGUCGACCCCGCGGAGCUGCUGGUGGUGAAGGAGCGAUACCGGCAGUACGUGGGCAUCGUGGGGGCACUGAGAGCCGAAUUCAAGGAGGCUUUGUUGCGGAAACGUUACGAGGAGGAAGUGGGCUCAGUCGCAGAGCAGCGAGCCAAGCUGGAAGCAGAAGAGCAUCAAAAUCUGAUGGAAUUCAACGCCCGGGAGAACGAGCGGCUCCAGAAACUCCGGGAGGAGCGAGUUCGGCAGGAGAUGGAGGCGGAGGAGGAGCGGAAACUCCAGGCCGCAGCCUACAGAGAACAGAAACGAGCGGAGUUCCUUAGUGAGAAGGAGAGAGAGGUUCUGCAGCUGCAGGAGGAAGCGAAGAAUUUCAUCACACUGGAGAACCUGGAUCAGCGAAUCGAGGAAGCCCUGGACAAUCCACAGAAUUAUAACUUUGCCAUUGACAAGGAGGGUAGAAUCGUUAAACGGACAGUGCAGCAGUAGGUCGAACCCACGGGUGGCCCUGCUGGCUGAUUGGAACCCUGUCUAAAUCCCUCGGGUGGGUUGUGGGAAUGCUCCCCUCGCAUGGGAGGAGAGGGAAGGUUAUUGGUGAGUGGAAACCUUCAAACAAGAAGUCAAACAGAGCAACCCUUUUGCAGUUUAGCUGGGCCAGUGUAAAGUAUCAGUGUAUUGGCAUUUUCAGGUACAGUGGUGGUGAAGGUAAAGAAUACAAAUUGUAAAUGUCUUUUUCUUAACAGCAAUAGUGAAUUGUACCAUUGGCAAUAAUCAGAGUCCUCUGUUGUUUACCGCACUGUUACAAACCUGCCAAACUUUAAAACAAUGAACUCCUUUGAAAUGAAGUCAAUUGAUUUAAAUGUUAAACUUCAACUGUAUGUGCCCUGCAUUUUACAAUGUAAUAAAGGCUGAGACACAUUGUAUCAAUAAAUAAACUUUACUAAGCACUGA